CGAACACAGAUCGACUCGUACACUGUCGACGUGGGAGUCUGAUUUCUCUUAAGAGUCGGCCUCAAAUAGUGCUAUUAGAAGGGAACAGUCAUGCUGGACUUUGCAAUAUUUGCUGUGACAUUUAUUGUCGUUUUGGUUGGAGCAGUUGUGUAUUUGUACCCGUCAUCCAGAAGAUCCUCCGACAUCCCUGGUCUCAAUCCCUCCGAUGAGAAGGAUGGCAACCUGCAAGACAUUGUGAACCGAGGCGGUCUACAUGAAUUCCUGGUGGCUUUACACGAGGAGUUUGGCUCUGUGGCUUCAUUCUGGUUUGGUCGGCGGCUGGUGGUUAGCCUGGGAUCUGUCGACCAGCUGCGGCAACACAUCAACCCCAACCACACAACUGACUCCUUUGAGACGAUGCUGAAGUCGUUACUCGGUUACCAAUCGGGCGAAGGGGUCACCGAAGCCGUCAUCAGAAAAAAGAUGUAUGACAACGCCAUCAAUGAGACGCUCAAGAAAAACUUUUCUUUGGUUCUCAAGUUAAUUGAGGAGUUGGUUGGAAAGUGGGUGUCUUUCCCAGAGGGUCAACACAUCCCACUAUGUGCCCACCUGUUGGGUCUCUCCAUGAAGACCGUCACCCAGCUCGCUCUCGGCGAGCGCUUCGGCGAAGACGCCCAAGUCAUUUCCUUCCGCAAGAAUCACGACGCGAUCUGGUCUGAAAUUGGGAAAGGUUACUUGGACGGCGCCCAGGAGAAGAGCUCCAGCCGAAAGACGCUCUAUGAGACAGCGCUGACGGAGAUGGAGUCCGUGUUGCUGUCUGUGGCCAAGGAGAGAAAAGCCAAUAAGAGGCAGAUGGUGUUUGUGGACAUGCUGCAAAAGUCGUCUCUCACAGAGCGACAGAUCAUGGAGGACUGUAUGGUGUUCACUUUGGCCGGAUGCGUCAUCACCGCCAACCUGUGUAUCUGGGUUCUUCACUUCCUGUCCACCUCGGAAGAAGUCCAGGAUAGGUUGUAUCAGGAGCUGGAAGAGGUUUUGGGUUCCGAUCCUAUUACCUUAGACAAGAUCCCUCAGCUCAAAUACUGCCAGGAGGUGUUGAACGAGACGGUGAGAACUGCAAAGUUGACUCCCGUUGCUGCCCGACUUCAGGCAUUGGAUGGAAAAGUUGAUCAGCACGUCAUCCCCAAAGAGACACUGGUGAUCUAUGCUUUGGGUGUAGUACUGCAAGAUUCCAACACCUGGAGCGCUGCAAGAAGAUUUAACCCAGAUCGGUUUGAGGAAGAUUCAAGCAGAAAGACUUUCUCUCUGCUUGGUUUCUCUGGAAAUCAGACGUGCCCAGAACUUAGAUUUGCGUACACGAUAGCUACCGUCAUGCUCAGCACAUUAGUGCGGCGGAUGAGGCUUCGUCAGUUGGAGGGUCAAGUCCUGGAGGUCAAAUCCGAGCUGGUUUCAGCACCAAAGGAAGAAACCUGGAUCACUGUCAGCAGGAGAAGUUCAACUUAGUCGUUUGUAGAUUUUUUGAUUGGCAGCGGCUCUGAUCAACUUGUACAGUUGCAUCUCCACUGAGUUGUGAUAUGCGUGGUUCAUCGUAUUUUCACAUUUUUUCCUUUGACUUUUCAGAAUACAGGAAUGGUGUACUAAAAAUUUAAAAUCCUGGGAUUUAAAAAAAUCAUUUCAGUAAAUGU